UCAUAAAUAUUGGUGCAAUAUGGAUACUGCAAGAAAGAUGACUAUCUUAAAAUUGAUUUCCGACAGUAAAUCCGUGUUAUUUGGUAAAUUUGAUAACAAAUUAACAUUCGAAAUGAAAGUUAAUAAAUGGAAGGAAAUAGCUCAACGUUUGAAUGAAAUGGGUGUGUACGACAAAGAUUGGAAAUAUCUAAGAGAUACAACUUGGCAAAAUUGGAGAAAGAGGACUAUAGAAAAAAGGGAUAAUCGUGACCAAACAGGAUCUGCGGGAGGCAAAAAAUGGCAAUUUGAUGAAACUGAUGACAUUAUUCUGAAUAUAAUAGGGAAGAACACUCCAGUCGUAGAGGGUUUGACAGUUCCAGAAUCCUCAGGAACUCAGGCGGCUGAGACUAUUCAAGUACAAGAAACAAGUCAACCUAUUCCUCAAAAUUCCCAAAAUAAAACGAAUUCAACUAAUGUGCAGUAUAAAUCCGUUAUACGUUUAAAAAAGGAAAAAUUAGAGGCUGAAAUAUUGUUGCUUAAAGAGAAAACUGAACUUUAUAAGAGAGAAAAGUAUAAAUUAGAUUUAGAAUUAUUUAAAUUAGAAAAAGAAUUGAACAUAACGCAUUCUUCUUAUACAGCACCUUACCACGAUCAAAAUUGUGUACAAUUAGAUAUUGUUCAAUUAGUCGACAUAGAAGAAGAAAACGUUCAACUUACUAGAUCAAAUACAACUUAAAAUUAUAUAAUUUCUUAUAAAGUAAUCACUUCUU